AUGAAAGUUGCCUGGACAGAAAUAAUUUGGAACUCCUAUAUCACCCCGAAACAUGCCUUUAUCCUUUUGUUAGGAGCUAGAUCAAAGUUACUAACAAAGGAUAAAUUGAAACAUUUGAAUAUUGAUCGAAGGUAUAUUUUUUGUGGAGUUGAUGAGGAGACUGAGUGUCACUUAUUUUUCUCCUGCCCAAUCAGUUUUGCUAUUUUGGGACAUGUCCGUGAUUGGUUGGGCAUUAGACGCUCCAUGUCCACCAGACCAAGCGCAUUGAAAUGGAUUAAGAAAGAAGUUCAGUGGACAACAUGGCAUAGCAAAGCUAAGUGGAUCGCUCUUGCAAGCACCAUUUACCAUUUAUGGAUGGCAUGUAACAGGGAUAUUUUUGAGGAUUUAACACCUAAUGUUGAAGGCAUUGUUCGUAAGAUCAAAACACACAACUUCUCCCGGGUAUGCCGGUGUACUGGUCGUUAG